AUUGGGGUCACUGGGGGCACUGGGGGCAUUGGGGGCACGCAGACACUCAACCGCCGGGCAGCCGCGCACGGACACGCACUGAACAACGCACUGGGCACGUUGCCGCGUACCAAUAACAGCGGACUGCAUGCGACGCUCGCUAGGAAAAUUAAUACCAACCAUAAGAAGAAAGUUACACAGCCUAUUAUGGCGUAUGAUGAAAUUCCUGGCUUGCAAAGAGCAUCUGACAACGACAACGUGACCUUUGGCAAGAGGAAUUUCACUGGCUUCAGUUAUAAUCAAUCGCCCGUUGAAACGACCACAGAACUAUAGUCUCACGUAGUGGUAAGGACAAUAAUAAGUUAAGUGAAAUUCAAAGAAAAGUGAUACGACCCCGUCCUUUAGCGCUAGAUGUGUUCAACGAAUGUUUAUAUUUUUGUACGAUUAUAACCGAGCGUCUAUUUUGUGUUGAUAACGAAUUUUUUUUAGGUAAUUUGAAAUUAAGCAACAAAGAUUUACAUACAUAGAACUUUGUGAAAACAUUUUUUUUUUUCAAUUAAUUUUAUUUCACUCAUUCAGAAUGAACGACUGAAGAUUAUUAAGCAACGUAUCUUUUAUAAUUCGGAUAUCUUUUCUUCUCUAUUUUCCAUCUUUUAUCUUUUACUUUAGUAAAAAGACUGAUAUUACGCGCAAUUAUUAAAAUUUAAUGUACAUUAAAAUAUUUAAAGUGCGCUAUAACUCAAAUUUAUGAUUUUUUUUAAUUGAAGUUGAUUGUUUUUAUAUUAAAUAUGAAUAUUUUUAUACACAUAAAGGGUAUGUAUGUAAUUCUUUGCUUAUGUAGUACUUAGUGUGCCUAGUCCUUUCCACUGGUGAACAAAAUGUUCAUAAUAUCGAGUUUUGUAUAUAAUAGAGGCAUUAUAUUUGUAAAUGUAUUAUUUCUUUUUAAUAAGACCUUACGAUGAGCUACGGUUUCUUGUUUGUAAUUUUGUUUGCAAGUUAGGUACUGACGUUUUUUAAUUAAGUAAUAUAUUUCCGCUUGUAAAUAAAAUAAAUGUUUGCUAGAUUAAUAUUUCUCAAUGUGUGUAGAUCAUAUAAUUGAAUUUGGAUUUUAUGUAAAUAUAUCUUUUUUUUCUUUUUCUUGUAAACGACUUGGUUUCUAAGAUUCAAAUUGUUACUCAAAUUGUAGCGUUUUUUUUAUUAGUUUGUUCCCUAAAACGUUGAUCAGAGAAGAGAAAAGACUUUAGAAAACUGUUUAGGGAUUUUAAGUUGAAAUGAAUCAAUUUUUGAGAAACCUGUCGUAAAAUGUCAAAUGAAUUAUCCACUGUUCUAUGGUCUGGAAUACCAAUUGUAUAAUUUUCUAUACUGUUUAAUAAUUAUAAGUCAAGAGGCACUUUUGACAAUAAAAUGCUUUGCGGGUUGCAAAGUAUAAAAUAUUUAUAUUGAGAUUUUUUACCCGUGUGUUAUGUGUACGAAUUAUGUGCCAGUUAUUUUAAUUUUUUAGUCUGUAGACAAUAUAUAAAAUAAUGAACCUUAGCAUAAUAAAAAAAGCUCAUUUUUCUUCUAAUAUUUUGUAUAGAAUCGGCUUCAACAAAAACUUCGUGCCAAACGUAUAGAAUUUUUAAUCAAUAUUAUUUUAAUAUUUAUUUUAAUUUCGGAUCGGUUGAUUGUAAAUGUUACCUACAAUAUUUACAUUAUUUUGUAAAUUGUAAAUGUUUU